UGACGCUACACGAUCAAUAAUUUACGAUCGCGUGACUGAAAGUGUGUCUUGUCUUUCCCUUCGCGAUAAUCGUUUCGGUUAUAAUCGCGAGUGCAGCUUAUCAACUUUUAAAUUUUUUACCGUUUACAGAUAACGUACAUAACAAUUUGUAUGAUAAGUGCAGUGUACGAUAAUAAACAGCAUGCAUAAAAGCAUUAUUGUAAAAAUUGAUCGUAACAGAUUCAAGCUUACAAUAAGUGGUCAAAGAAAUACAGACUCGAUGAACUUCGUUAACCUUUCUUUUUGAGAUCCUUAAAUUAGAAAGUCGCAAAACGUGUUCGAUACUUUCAGACAGUUCUCAACGGUGACAGUUUACAAAUUCUUUGUCGUCGCGAGCAGAUCAGCUACGAAUGUUUUGUCGUCGAAUAACGGAACAGAAGGUGUUCGAAAUAAAUCGUGAACUUGUGAUUUAUACGUGGCACUCAUCCGAUACAAUUUGUACGAAAGAAGAAAAGUUACAGCCUCUUAAACAAUUCUGCUUUAAUUUAUGACAGGUUUGUAACAAUAACAGCAUUCGCGAUUCUACCGUUGAUAUCAAUAUGUCGAACAAUUUUAAACGUCAAGCAUAAACUAGUAAACGCACAAGAUGUGCACGUGUGUAGACAACUGUUGCUUUGCGUAACAGGUGUCGUGGUGAAAAUAUUGAAGGAAUGUAUCAAUUGAGAUCUUAUGGAUACCAGUGUUCUCGAAAAACUGAUUCCCUGUUCGGACGAGGAAACGAUGGAGAGAAAGAAAUCCUCGGUCGAGACAGCCAAGGAUACUGAGUACGGAACGGUCAAAUAUGAAGAUGAACUUGCGCCGUCAUGGAGGUUUUGGAAGAAAAGACGAUACAUAGUCGGAGUAUUAGCAUUUUUAGGAUUUUUCACUUCUUAUAUUCUUCGAGUGAAUUUAAGUGUAGCUAUUGUUGCAAUGACGGAAAAACACAAAAAAGUUGAUGAAAGCGGAAACGUUUAUUACGAAGCAGAGUUCGACUGGGAUGCAAAAAUGACAGGACUUCUCUUAGGUUCUUUUUUUUAUGGUUAUAUAAGCACACAGUUAAUUGGAGGAUGGCUAGGAGCACGUAUUGGUGGAAAAAGAGUUUUCGGUACUGGAAUUGCGAUUACAGCCUUUUUUACAAUAAUUACGCCGCCCCUCGCCAGGAUAAGCUUUUAUCUUUUCCUUGCUUUGAGGAUAAUAGAAGGAAUCUGCGAGGGUGUGACAUAUCCUUGCAUGCACGCGAUAUGGGCAAACUGGGCACCUCCAUUGGAAAGGUCGAAAUUAGCGACCUUCGCAUUCUCCGGAAGUUUCUUCGGAACUGUAUUUGCCAUGCCCGUUGCUGGUUUAAUGGUUGAACACCUUGGUUGGGCUUCCGUUUUUUACGUUUUUGGAGCAGCGGGUCUCAUAUGGUUCUUUUUCUGGUGGAUUAUCGUGAAAGAUAAACCGGAAGAAGAUCCGUAUAUUUCUGAAGCUGAACUUGAAUACAUUAAGACUAGUCUUGGAGAUUCCAAUAAAAACAAAAUUACAUAUCCAUGGAAAUCAAUACUCACAUCUCCACCCGUUUGGGCUAUUGUUGCUGCACAUUUUAGCGAAAAUUGGGGCUUUUAUACUAUGCUCACGCAACUGCCAACAUUUAUGAAUGAUGUACUCAACUUCAAGUUGGAUAAAACCGGGUAUUUAUCCGCGCUACCGUAUCUAGCUAUGACAAUUGCUGUUCAGUUUUCUGGAUACUUAGCAGAUUUGUUAAGAACGAAGAAAAUUUUGACUACUACGCAGGUGCGCAAAAUUUUUAAUUGCGGAGGUUUUGUAUUUCAAACCAUAUUCAUGCUGGGCGCAGCCUUCCUUUUAACGCCAACAGGAGUGGUUAUUUGUAUUACAUUGGGAAUUGGCCUUGGCGGUUUUGCUUGGUCCGGCUUUGGAGUAAAUCAUUUAGAUAUUGCUCCUCAACAUGCAAGUGUACUUAUGGGAAUAGGAAAUACUAUUGCUACUUUACCUGGUGUUAUUAGUCCAACUAUUACUGGAUAUAUUGUUCAAAAUAAAAGUGCUGAAGAAUGGCGUAUAAUCUUCAUAAUAGCUGCCAUAAUUUAUUUAGUAGGAGCUACCAUAUAUGGUUUAUUUGCAUCUGGUGAAAGACAGAGUUGGGCAAAAGAAAAGGAAGAAACGAAAGGAACAAGACAAUCAUAUGAUAAUCCUGCAAUGGAAGUAGACAAUAUCUAAUACAAUGUUGCUGGUCAAAUUGCAAAAUUAUGUCUGAAAGAUUACCUUAAAG